AAAACAGAGAGAACAUUGUUUAUUCAAGUUCUCGCAGGGAAUUAAACUGUGGAUUAUUUCGAUUGAUCAUUAUAAUCAGUAUAAACGUUAAAUCGUGAAGUACUCAGAGCCAUCCGAACCUGAUAGUAGUAAACUGACGUUUCGGAAAUGAAGGGUAUCUUAGGUUUGGGAUUGAUAAUUUUACUUUGUUUAACAACUAAUGCGAGCAAAUCAAAAUCCGGCGAAAAACCAAGUUGGGCCAAAAAGGAUAUCCGCGAUUAUACAGAUGCAGAUAUGGAAAGGUUAUUGGAUCAGUGGGAGGAAGGCGAUGACCCGUUAGAACCAGAUGAAUUACCAGAACAUCUUCGUCCCAGUCCAAAGAUUGAUUUAUCUAAGCUUGAUACCAGAAAUCCAGAUGAACUCAUCAAGGCUACUAAGAAGGGCAAGGGAUUGAUGAUGUUUGUAGGUUUGAAAAAAACAUUUUCUCGUGAUCAAACCGAGACAAUCACACAAUUGUGGCAAACUGGCCUGCAUAAUAAUCACAUAAUCGCAGAAAGGUAUAUGAUUGAUGACAAUCGAGCAAUCUUCAUGUUUCGAGAUGGUGCUCAGGUUAUCGAUGCUAAAGUUUUUCUUUUGGAGCAGCCAGAGCUUUCGGAAAUAACUUUUGAAGGGCAAACUUUUUAUGGAAAACAUAACGCAGAGGGUGGUAAAGAAAAUAAUUCCAAAUCGCAGUCAAAGAAAGGCAAGUCCAAGGUGCAUAAUACGAAGCAAGAGUUAUAACAUACAGUGAAGUGAUGAAGAGAUAUCUGACUAUUCAUAAUCAUCAAAUACCAAUCUUGAAAUUCAUAUUAUUGCAUCUAUGAAACAUCGAGUGUUGUUUCAUGUUAUUGCCAAGAUGCAAAUGUUCGCACAUAAAUUGUUUUCAAGAGAACUUUGAUAUUUACUUUCGUAUUUUCUACAUUCCACGAUUUUUUGUAUUUCGGUAUAGAUUUCGUACUUAACCAUCCGUUCUUACGUGUGUUAUACUUUGAGUCUGCGGAUUUGAACCUCCUCUUUGUUGCACACGACUCAAUUCGAAAAUUGUUAAUGUUUGAUUCCGUCAUAUCCGUCUUUCUUGAUGAUUUUGAAAGAUAUGAGGAUGCGAGAGAUCAUAAUGAUCUGACAAGAGAUGACAUGAUAGAUAUACUAAACUCAAACCAUCAGUGUUUAUUCUAUGUCAAAAUCUAACCCAAACAGAUCUGAUGUGAUAAUUUUCAUCAAAUAAAUAUCGAUUUAUUAUA